AAACGAAACAGACCCAAAGUCUUUAUCCCGUUCCCACCAAACAUCCUCUUCGUGAAGUUUUCUAACUAGCAUAACCCCUCGGCCAAGUAGAAAACUUAGCUCUUGUAAGACGUGAUUGUUUCCAGCAAUCUUUGACGGGACUUACACACAAUGCCUCUCUACGAGAUAUCUCACGCCACCCCUCUAAGCCAACGCCAGAGGGAUCAGCUCGCCGAAUCCAUCACCGCAAUACACAGCACCAAGUUCGCCGUCCCCAGAAUGUUCAUCAACGUGAUCUUCACAGACUCAUCAAACACUCCAACCUACGUUGGAGGGAAACAACGCAAAUCAAACCGCAUCGUAGGGCGCGUCCGACGAGGAUCCUCUCGGACGCAGGAGGACUUCAACUCGUUGUGCCACGAGAUCCGAGCCGCGUGGGCCCAGAUCGUUCACCCAGAGACGGCAGAGGAGGGGGGCAAGCUGCCGCCUCAGGAUCUGGAACUGAGGUCGGUCUUUAUUACCGGCGAGCUCAUCGCCGGAUUGAAAGCCACUUUUCCGACACCAUUAGCUGGCGAUGAGCUUGCGUGGGCUCAGGAGAAUUUUGCGGCGUUCAAGGAGAGGGCGGAGGCGGGGGAUGAGGAUUUUGCGGAUCUUGUUGCUGAGAUUCAAAGUUGGCCAGAGUUCGAGUCUUGA